AUGCAUCUUCUUUCGUUGAAAAAUCUCCGCCACGUGGUUUGGCCUGGUAAUUUUACUGGCAAGAUUCCCUACCAUCAGCUUGAGACGAUCAAUGUCCAAUACCUUCACCCACGUCUUGCGUUGAAACGUUUACAGGAUCUCACCAUCUAUGAAUACCAAGAAUUGACAAGACGCAACCUCCCUCACCUUCGAAGGGUUGAAGUUACUCCUCCUCCCCGGGGCCUCUCCUUCUACAAUGUGUCAGACCACCUCACCCUUGCCCAACAGGCUCAAUUGCACUCGCUCAAGGGACGUAAUUUUUCAAUCACCAACACCAGUCCGCUUCAAAAUUUGAAGGUUUUACACAUGACGGUGGGGGAACCGAUGCACAAGUUCUUUUCAUUGCCGCCCGCGGUAGAGGAAUUGGAAAUUUGGCUGUCCGCUCGCCUAACCUCACCGACUUACACAUCUGUGGCGCCUUCCACGCUGCUGUUGAAUGCCCUAAGCUCAUGCUGA